UUUAAAUACAACAUAAAUUGCAGAAACACCUUUUUAGCGUAUAGACACUGUUCAUGGGUCCUAUCUGGGUGGGUUUGGUUUGGUUUAAUGUAUUGACAUCCUCACGAAAAAGUUGAAAAAAGCAAAACUCAUGAGAUAUCUCUUUGAUCAAACUCUUUGAUCUUUCUUCGUGUGCGAUAUGGCUUUUCCCCACUAAGCAAUAGCUACCCAUAAUCAUCUUCUUCUUCUUCUUCCAGAUUCUGUAUUCAGGUCAAACUACUUGAGGUUCUUGUCGGAAAAUUUCAGUUAUUUUCUCUAUCAAAACAGUUUCUUGGAUUUUUUCAAAAAACAAAAAACAGUUUCUUGGUUUGAGUUCUUGAUUUGAGCUUCCUCUGUCCUUCGAGUGGUUCUUGUAUAUCUUCUCUCUGAGGGUUUGUGAUGCACUUUAAUUGCUUUGGACUUCUUGAUAUGUGCAAAGGAAAUGAUCAUCUUGGACAAAAAGAAGCUGAAGAGAUUUGCACCGACAAUGUGAGAGUCUUUUCGUAUAACUCAUUACGAUCAGCCACAGAUAAUUUCCAUCCAACCAAUAGAAUCGGUGGUGGUGGCUUUGGUGUUGUCUUCAGGGGAGUAUUGAGAGAUGGUACACAAGUAGCUGUGAAAUCACUUUCAGCAGAAUCUAAACAAGGCACACGAGAGUUCUUGACCGAGAUUAACUUGAUAUCUAACAUUCAUCAUCCUAACCUUGUUAACCUCAUUGGCUGCUGCGUCGAAGGAAACAAUAGGAUUCUUGUUUAUGAGUAUCUUGAGAACAACAGUCUUUCUAGUGUUUUGCUUGGUUCGAGGAGUAAGUAUGUUCCUCUUGAUUGGUCCAAACGUGCUGCUAUUUGCGUUGGGACAGCUUCUGGUUUAGCUUUCUUGCACGAGGAAGUGGAGCCUCCGGUUGUUCACCGCGACAUUAAGGCGAGUAAUGUCUUACUAGACAGAAACUUUUCUCCCAAGAUUGGAGAUUUUGGUCUUGCAAAGCUUUUUCCUGACAAUGUCACUCAUGUCAGUACCAGAGUCGCUGGAACAGUGGGAUACUUGGCUCCUGAAUACGCACUUCUAGGACAGUUAACAAAAAAGGCAGACGUUUACAGCUUUGGGAUACUUGUGCUUGAAGUCAUUAGUGGUGGUAGCAGCAGCAGAGCCGCCUUUACAGACGACUUCUUGGUUCUGGUCGAAUGGGUAUGGAAGUUGAGAGAAGAAGGGAGGCUACUAGAGUGCGUGGAUCCAGACCUAACCAAGUUUCCACAAGACGAAGUAAUACGGUUCAUCAAAGUAGCUCUUUUCUGCACUCAAGCUGCGGCACAGAAGAGACCAAACAUGAAGCAAGUGGUGGAGAUGCUUAGCAGGAAAGAGCUUAAUCUCAACGAGGCAGCCUUAACUGAGCCUGGUGUCUAUAGAGGUGUCAACAAGGGACGCAACCACCGUGGCCUUGGUCUUAGAGGUGGCACCUCACAGGAGAGCUCAUCAACACAAGGUUACAAAGGGAAAAGUUCAGCGGCUCCUCAAGGGUCGUCUUCGGCUUCAGUUAUUACAUAUCAGAGCAUUACAGAGAUGGCUCCUAGAUGAUGAUGAUUCUUUCUGUUGGUAGAGCAGAUAUAUUUCUAUUCUUGAGUAGAUUGAUUAGCUUCUGAUGUAUUAGUAUAGUAUCUUCAUAUACAUGCCAUGAGAAAAUAUAUUAUUAAUUAAAUAAAAUAAUGAUGAUUUUGUU